GGUGGGACCUUGGGUAGAAGCUGGAACAGACCUAGAUCAAAACCAGAGAACAAAGAAAAAAAUUUUAGAAGGGAGAGAAUGGCGAAAGGUGCUGCUGUUCAACCCCUGCUGUCAUGGAUAAAAUGAGCUGGCACAAAGGGAAGAAGGAACUCACAGAAGAAAGCACAGGAGAUGGGAAGCACGGCCGAAAAAAGCGAGACCGGCUGUUUAAGAAGAGAUUUUCUCGACUGAGCCUCUUCUCUGAGUCUCCUAAGACUAAAUUCCCUCAGGGAAGAAGCCAGCUUUCUGAAGACAAGCGGAGGUGUUUACACAGGAAAGGUUCCAAGAGGCUGAAGCCAGCGCGGGAGGAAAUGUGUUCCCUGAGGCAGCCGCACUCCGGGAAGAUGUGUCCGAAAUGCGAGAUCCUCCUGUGCCGGAAAUGCGGCACCCUCCACUCGCAGAGCGGCUUCAUCGCCCACAGCCUGCUCGACCACUACGACACGGGAGGGGUCGCAGCCCUGCUCUGGUGACGGCUUUGGUGUGGGGGCCCUGCCAGUGCCUGACCACAUCCCAAAGGCCAGAGCUGGGAUCCAUCAGCGUGACUGGAUCCUGGGCCUGCGCAAGCUCUGCGCAGCCUCAGCCGCUCUGUAGUUCAGUCUGUAUGUAGCAGAUGCACUCAUUUAACCAGCAUAAACCUAGCAAACAAAGAUCUGUAACCUAAACAUUUCUCAGCUGUUAAGGACAGAGAAUUGUUUCAGAAAUAUUCUCCAGAGCUUUCCUUUUCCUCUCAAGGAAACAAAGAUUAUCCCAUUUGGCUGCAAAAGCAAGCGUGACUCUUACAUGCAGAGCCACUGGGUCUGCUUGCAAUGCCUUUGUUUGCUUCAGUGUUGUUUGUGGUCUGGAAUAUUAAACGUUUUAUUUUUAAAUUAACUAGCUCAGAGAUAUGACUUUAUGGGGGAGAGGGGCUUCUAAAAGCUGUCCUGGCCAUAAGGAUUGC